GUAUAUUUUCUUCUCUAAUCCAAUAAUUGAAAAAUCAAGAAAAGUAGCAAACAAAUCAAGUUGUGGAGCAAUUUGCUCACCCAAAAUUUGUCUACACGCGUGUGGAUCCGUGUGGCUCAAGCGGAGACUGUGCAAACGGUGAGCUAAAGGUGUGUGAAAAUUCGUGAAACCACAAAAAUAGGCGAAAUUGGUGCUAUUCGUGCAAGAUCAAAAAGUGCGGCGGCGUGCCAGCCUAUCCACUGGUGUGUCUCCCCGGUCAAUCUGUGUGCGCGUGUGUGUGUUUAUGAGUUUUCUCCGUUGCCAAAGUAAUGUAAAGUACUCCCGCCUCUUGGCUAGUGCGUGUAUGCAAUCGAUCUAAAGACACUUCCAGCCCGGUUAAGAAAAUAUAUCCACAUCUCAAGAUACACAGUCAAGUUGCAAAUCGUGAACCAAAAAAAGAUAGGCUGUUCGUCCCUGCUGGGGUCCGUUAUCCAUCACUGUCACUGAAGCAGACGCCGAAACAACAGAAACCGCUCGCGCAAAACAUGGUUGUUUUCCUGUGACGGAUUGUGCGUGACGCGUAACUAUUUUCAAACGGUUUCAAACAUGUGCGAAGGUAUGGACGCAAAUAAUUAGCGAAGGACUGAACACAACCAAAACGUUGCUCGUGUCGGCCGCGUGCGCGUGCUUUUCUGUGUGUGUUUGUGUGCGCGUUAGUUUUGUGUUUGCCUCGUAGAAGCCGGUUCCCUGAUUGGCAGGACACAACACCGGUUCAUCCUUUUCGGUGUAACAACCGUCCAAGGCUGAAGGUCUGAAAGUGAAACGAAACACACGGGAACAGUAUUCCGAACGAAACGAUUGUCUUCCCAUCCUCGUCACUACCCCGAAUGCGCGCGGUAUUGCAGCACGUGGAUCGGAAACACACUCCCGUACCACCGAGAAGUGACCGCAUCAGCAACUUCAGCCGCACCGUUAUCGUUGGCAGCUAAGAGGGACGCGCUACCAACUCUCUUUAUGCGCUGACCCUCGGUGGUUCUGAGAAUGCCAAUGUUGUCACAGUUUCAAAUGAACUUUCGCGCGUUUCUCGUACUGGCGUCAAAGGUAUGGACGUGUAUCUGCUACAUGUUCAAGCGGCAGGUCCGGGCGUUUGUACAGCAUCAACCGGUCAAAUAUCAACUGUUUCCGCUGACGCCGGUCUCUCGCCAUCGGCUGAGUAUGGUCCAGCGGAAAACGCUGGUGCUGGACCUGGACGAAACGCUCAUUCACUCGCAUCACGAUGCAAUGCCGCGCAACAUGGUCAAACCGGGAACGCCCCACGACUUUACGGUCAAGGUGACGAUCGAUCGCCAUCCGGUGCGGUUCUUCGUCCACAAGCGGCCCCACGUCGACUACUUCUUGGACAUUGUUUCGCAAUGGUAUGAUUUGGUCGUGUUUACCGCCAGCAUGGAAAUUUACGGUGCAGCCGUAGCCGAUAAGCUAGACAAUGGACGUAACAUCCUGCGACGACGCUACUACCGACAACACUGUACGCCCGAUUUUGGCUCGUACACCAAAGACCUGUCAGCAAUAUGCAGCGAUCUUAAUAGAAUAUUCAUCAUCGACAACUCACCGGGUGCAUACCGAUGUUUCCCCAACAACGCAAUACCGAUCAAAUCGUGGUUUUCUGAUCCGAUGGAUAUCUGCCUCCUGUCGCUGUUGCCACUGUUGGAUGCACUCCGGUUUACGAACGAUGUGAGAUCCGUGCUGUCCCGCAACCUACACCUUCACCGUUUAUGGUAGCAGAAUUUGAUAAAUUUUUUAUGGUGCGCUGUGAGACUUCUAAAAUCUUACAAAUUCGUUUUUAUUUUAUUCUAGAAUUAUGUUUAAUUUCUAGUAAAGAGGGAUGCUUGUGCAUUUUGCUAUGAACGUGUGUAAAGUGAAUCGUGACAGAAAGAGAAGCUAGCGCAAGAGAAGAAACCAUCCUACAAGGCUGUAACGAUCAGGCAAAUGCAAUCAGGAGAAGAAGGAAUACCAUCUAGGAAUAGCUCAGUGGAAUAGCUCGUUAUCGUUUCGUAUCGUGGCGAAGCACUAACAGGGGUUAACGUAUCGAAAUAGUGGACAUCGAAAGUGAAUUGAAAUCUGAAUUAGAAGAAAGUAAAUAUCGAACUGUUACUACUAUUGAUGCAGUUGUAAAAGGAAGGUAUGUGAAGCAAUGUAUGAUUCCUACUUCAUAGUAAUGGCACACCCGGCCGGUGAUGUAUCCUCGCAAGGAGUGCUAAGGCGCAGUUGCGCCAAAUCUCUUGUUCAUAUUUUAUCUUCAAAUAACAUUCACGAUGGUCGGACUAACGCGAUAGUCAACGAAGCGGGGACAAAAUUUGGAUGGAUUUUUGUUAGUUUGUUUUGUGUUUUGUUUUGAGUAAAUUGCAACCGUAUUCUAUCGGUUGAUAAUGGUUUGCUCGUGUUUUGAUUUAUCAUUUCGCAAAACAUUUUCUUUGUAAAGUAGUAGUUUAUAUGAAACGUUUCUAUAUGCUUAGUUACGACGCCCUUCCCGUUCCCACAAUCAAAUAAAAUAUUACGUUACGUUGUCGCUUUUGCUGUGAGUAAAACGAAGCUAAACACUCAGUUGCCCCGGUUUUACCGGUACUGAUGGGCGCAGUUGCGGGUUGGAAGGGAUUGCAGAAUGAUAUGUAUUAUGGAAGUACAGUUGCAUUGAACUAUCGUUCUUAAAUCAAAUAUGAUUGAUUUUCUACGAAAAUUAGCAUUAGUUAAAGGCUUUACUACCAGCAACCAGGACGAAAGAGAGGAACAUUAAUCGGUUUUUUUAGUUUUUUAGUCAGAGAUAUCUUCAAAAAUGAUAUGUCAAUGUCAUUUUGUAUGCGAUAUACAAAUCUACAUUUGCUCCGUCGACGCGAAAUAAAAAUCAAGCGUAUCCCUUCUCGCAGGAAAUACACACCGUGCAGCAAACCAUACAGUAAAAGUUGUGUUUCCUUCGUUAGUAACUAAGAUUUCAAACCUAAUAACGAUAGCACAAUUUGUGCGCAGAGGUAGUACCGAUGGUUUGCGACAUUGCGUUAUUCUAAAACUAAUGACCCUACGAUGGGAUCGUGGAAUAGUUAGUUUCAUUUGCUCAAUCACUGUUAGCAAUAUUAUGCGGGCUUAAAUGUUUUGUCAGGCUUUUGUUACUUCUCCACACAUUUAUUUAAAUUAUAUCGCUCGGUAUUACGUCCAGAGACGGUUUGUUCGUAAACAUUAGUAUAUGUUUUUUUUAGGCAUUCUUUCCUUUCUCCUUUCCUUUAAGAUCAGGUAUGAUUUAUUCAACAUUCAUCUAAACAUUUUCACAGCUUCACUUCCGUUUUAUUAAAUUGCGCGACAACAUACAGCACGAAAAACUAUACAUAAAAGACACUGAUUGAUUCACGUUGUAAGGAGAACGGUACCCAAUCCGUGGCCCAAUUACUUACGCCACACGGAGAAAACUUGCAAACUGGGAGAAAACAAAUAUUUUUUACGUUAGUGAACAACACACGGUACAAAUGAAGUAAGCAAAACUAAACAAUAUCAUGACGUAAGUUGCUGUUUGUUGCGUAAUGAUGAUGCUGCAAAUAUAAGUCUAAAGUAAGCAAUUUAAGAAAAAAAAACUCAAUGCGCAAUCCAAAGAGAACGUGCAGAGAAACUCGCAAGAACAGAAACACUUGAAUGAGCAUAGCAUGAAGAAUGAGGAACAACUCUGCAGUGUGUUGCGAUAUCUGCUGUUUGCACAUGUACAUUUAACACCAGUUCCAGCACAAGAGGCAAAUUCGAAAGAAGCGUCGGUUUUGAUAAAAGUUAUUAAACGGCGUCAGGGAAAUGUAUGUAGCAUGAACCUUGAUCACGGGUAAAAGCCCGAAGGCAUUUUGAAGUAGACCGUUCUUAACACAUAUGGAAAGCUUAUUUGGGUUUGGAUUUAAAUGGAAAAGUGCACACUUCGUACGUGUGGUUGGUAACGAAAUUGCAAAAAUGCAACAAAACAGACAAAUAACAGCCCGAUUAAUAAGCGGCUAAGUAAAACAAAAACAAGACAGACAAAGACGAAUCCCGAACGUAAACAGACACAAAGUGCAGCAUAAGUGGAGCGUCUUGGAAGGUACCGGCACAGCUUGAUGAUAACAAAACAAAUACGAAACGAAGCAGGAACGAAUAACCGUAUUAUAAGUUUAAUUUUAUGAUGAAUCGACUUUGCAAUUGGGGCACUGUUUUGAAGACAGAGUGAAGAACGAAACAAAUGUAAAUAGUACUUGUUAGCAUGAUAAUUGAAUUGUGAAACAAGAAAAUCCGUAAGCACAUAAGCAUGAAGUUACAGAACAUAGUCAGAGCAAAAGAACGACAUACAACGCAAACGUAAACGAGAUUUAAUGGACGGUACAGACAUUCAGCAGGAAGAAUAUACACACCCAUUGUGACGAGGAAAUGUAAAAGAAAAGGAAAACAAUA